GUGGAUUUGUUUUUCCAUUGCAAAAUGAAAGAGCAUUGAUGAAAUUGAUGAAAAUAACACUUUUGGCGUUGCAGCUGCCAUCAAGGAGUGGCUAAGGAGCCCACAUGCCACGGAACCGAUUUCAAAAAUUCAGUUGUUGGCUCAAGUUGCCCAACAUGACAGAGUGGCAAUUCGCAUUUCAAAUGUGGGAUGGGGUCCUGCCCGACCCAUGGGACUAUGAACAUUUACGCGUGCCACCCGAGAUGCGAAACGACGUUUUCCUGGAGCGAGACAUACCAGGAAUCAUCCGGAGAGUGCAUGCAAAGGCGGCGCGGCACUACUCCAUGGCUGUGCAGUUCUGGCAGGACCUGCAAGACUGUUUCGCGUUGUGUUACCAGCCCUACCAGCCCUUGCUUCGCGAAGAAGAACUCCAGACUUGAGGC